AGACCGUUCCCUUUCGUCAAAGGACGAAGGUGAAAAUAGAAAGACAAUUAGACAUGCGUUUUGGCUUAUUUAUAACAACAAAAGAGUAUUAUAGAUUCUCAGGUGUUAAAUGUCAUAUUUGAGAGAUGCGACGGUUAAUAUUUCUUCAUAUUCUUGGAUUUUUAUUUUAUAAAUGCGAUGGAACAAGAGUAAUGCCAACGGUAAUCUGGGAUUAUAAUAAUGGCUUAUUGUCAUGCAAGUAUAAUUGGCUAAACAGCUUAAGAGCUGAUAAAAUGCUAACGAUGAAUGAAGUCUACGAUCAUAUUCACUUCGUCUGCCCUACACCAAGUAUAAAUGUGAAAAUGCUGGCAUCCUCACGACCUGGAACGCGCAUGAAUUAUAAUGUCUUCAUGAGAAAGUGGUCGGGUGAAAAAGAUGAAAAUGGAUUGAGAAAAUUGAGAGACCUACUGGAAAAUGGAACGUUUUGUGAUCCUAGACAUAGUGAAACCAAGGCGCUAUACACGUGCAGAAAUGGUAAUGAAGGACAGUCAAUUACUAUAAACUUUACACCGCAAGAGAAAUUUUAUGAAAAUCAAUUGAUUGUUUUUUUUAACAAUGAAGAAGAUGGCAACGUUCAGAGCCUUUCAUCGCAGAAAAAGAAAUGUGCAAUGGCUUUUAUAACUCUACUGACGUGGAGAAUUGAUGCUAAAUACGAUAUGACAUAUAGCAAGAUCACAAAUAUUUCGGAUCCAAGAUGUAAAAGUGUAACCUUAGAUCGUCCAACACCAAAACCUUCUACAAUGUCAACUACUCAAAACACGACAAAAACUACCCCAUCAAUUACAACGAACAUAACAAAAUUCACCCCAUCAAUUACAACGAACACGACAAAAACUGCCCCAUCAAUUAAAACGAACACGAUGAAAAAUGUAACAACAAAAAUAAGAGAUAACACGACAACAAAACCUCCUGCAAUUCCUCGUAUUGAAAAUUUACGUUCCUCUUCUUCAGAUGGACAAUGGAAUUUUUUAUAUGGACUUUUAACCGGUGGUUUAGGCACAUUAGUUGUGGUUAUAAUCUCUUUUAUAACAUAUUACGUGAUCAAAAAGAGGGGGAAAAAAACUGAAUCGUCAAGUUCAAGCGAAAACCAAGCAAUGAAGCAAUUCCCUCCAGGUAUCGACAACAGGGGUUAUGAUAAAACGAUAUCUCGAGAUAAAGUGAUCGUUUAGACAACACACACAACAGUUGCCAAUCGAAAUUAUCACUUGUAAAGUCAUCGUACACGAAUUAACAUAAAUCACCAUUAGAAUAAACACGUCAUCAGAUACAAAAACGUAAACGAUAAAUGGUUAGAAAUCGAUGUUGAAUCAGAAUGACGUCAUCAAUAUUAAUUGUUAUAUUAAAUUAACAUAAUGUAAUAAUAAUCCAUACACUUCUUUUGCAGUCUUUUGCUACUUAUUUCACUGAACAAAUAUGUAAAUACACUGCAAUGUAAAUUAUAUACAAAUACAUAAAAAGUGUUGGGUA